CCCGGCUUUCCCAGCCUGUCCCGCUGCGUCCCCGCACGGAGCGGCUGCCGCGCUCCCGGGUCACCCAUCCGGGCGCGACCGCGGCGGGCCCGGCUGAGCUUCGGGCGCGGCGUUGCCUGGCAACGGCCCCCGCCCCGCCCCGCGCUCCCAUAGCUACCGAGGCGGGCGGCGGCCAUCUUGGCAGCGGCCAUGAGCGGCUCCAGGGCGCGGGCGGCGGCGGCGGCGCCGGGGCCGGACAAGAAGCUGCCGCCGGGCUCCGCGGGGCCGCUCAGCCGCCUGCGGGGCCGGCGCGGAUCGGCCGAUGCGCCGCCGCGGCAGCCCUGGACCGAGUCCGAGUUGCUGGCGCUGGAGACCGUCCGGCCCGAGCACGUCCUGGGGCUGUGCCGGGUGACGGAGAAUUAUUUAUGCAAACCUGAGGACAACAUUUACAACAUUGACUUCACCAGGUUUAAGAUCCGGGACCUUGAGACUGGAACAGUACUAUUUGAAAUUGCCAAGCCGUCUGCUUCAGAGCACGCAGAGGAGGAUGAAGAUGACAGCAGUGAACUGGAUGCAAGUGCAGGUCGCUUUGUUCGCUACCAGUUCACCCCAGCGUUUCUCCGUCUUCGCACUGUUGGUGCAACAGUGGAAUUCACAGUGGGAGAAAAGCCAGUGUCAAACUUCCGAAUGAUUGAGAGGCAUUACUUCCGAGAUCGCUUGCUGAAGAACUUUGAUUUUGAUUUUGGUUUCUGCAUCCCCAGUAGCAGGAACACAUGUGAACACAUUUAUGAAUUCCCUCAGCUCUCAGAAGACCUUAUCCGUCUGAUGGUUGAAAACCCGUACGAGACGCGCUCAGACAGCUUUUACUUUGUGGACAACAAGUUGAUUAUGCACAACAAGGCCGACUAUGCUUACAAUGGAGGACAGUAAUCAUUCUGUCUGCUGGAUGCUGUGAUGCCCUUAACCAUUCCAGAUGUGCAGGAGUGGACUGGAGUUGCUGUCUCGUGCAACAAAGCUUCUUGCCAAACUUUUUCUCUGUGCAUGAGGCUGAGAACAUGAAGCAAAGACGACGGCUCCUCAAAGGAAAUCUCCCUGCAACAACACCUCUCUAUCUGAGACUCAGCGUUUCCUGCCUCUCCUUCUCUGUUCCUGGCUAUCUUGGUUAGGUCAGUGAUCAGAGGGACUCUUAAACAAUUCUUGCUCUUAGUCUUUCUAGUUAGUUUGCACCUUUAGUGCUUCUGAUGUUUCACCUCUUGGGUGAAUAUCCUUUUUCAACAGGUCAGGUUGUUUGUGUUAUGCUGUUUCUUAGCAGGAAAAUCUUAACCCCUUCAAGUAGCCAGCAAUGCUUGAAGAGCAGAUCUUCUGUUCAGUAGGAUAGAUCAUCUCUUCAGUGGCAGUGGUUUUGUUUGUGGCAUUGCUGACAUUGUUUUUUAGGGUGCAUCCAAAUAUUCUCCAGUGGGAAAGAGACUAAUUCAGCUUCUAAGCAGUGAGGGAAUAUUCCAUCUGCCUCUGGGGCCCUGAGCUGCCCCUAAGAUCAUUUAAGCUCUGUUUUGCCAGAGAUUUCACUAGAGAUACGAGAUAGGGGGGAAAAGGGGGCUGUUCCUCUGAUAGCAUUUCUGUUUGAGCUUUUGUGAGCAAACUGAAUUUUGGAGCUCAGGGGUCAACCUUAGAGCUGAAGUUAAUCUCACCAUAUUUACCAUUUCCCCUUCUUCCCUUUGUAGGAAUUUUUUGCCCUUGGUACAGAAUGUAUUGCUUUUUUAGGUAGACAGCACAUUGUCAGCCUGGCUGGGGUGAAGGUGUCACUCUAGUGGGGCUUAGAGGAAAAAGGGAGAAUGUGGAAAAUCACUUGAAAAAUGAAUAGGAAGCAGAGCUUCCUAGGCUUCAGUCUGUACUUGUAAACCUGACUGGUCUGUCAGAGUUGCUGUGAGCAGCACCAGCUCAUUUUCUUUGUUGCAGUGGAGAUAUUAGUAGCUAAAAGCUUCCCAGGUCAGAUUAUUCAGUGUUAUGGAGUGGGAUCCUUGGAAAGUGAGAAUGUACAUGGUUCUCUUUUUCAUUGUCCCCAUCACUGCUCUGCCUGCUCAGCUGCUUAUUUAUGGUUUAGGAAGUCAUGCUGCUGAGUUUGAUACCACAGCUGUGUUUGGGACCUGGCAGUGGGAGACAGCAUCAUGCAGUGGGAAGAGGAGGACCUGUGUCUUGCCAGUAGCUGUGCUGGGGCAAGCUCCCAACUGUGCAAAAUCUCAGCUAUCAAAACUUUUUUUUGCCAGUUUUGCUGGCUCUCAAGACUGGUACUUUUCCUGUCCCCAUGCUGGGCUGGUCAGUUGUGUCUCUUGUUAGAGGAAUUAGGUUGUGUCUAGACUGGAGACCUUUCCUAAUACUAGUUCCACUUGUUCUGGAGACAGUUAAAACUUAACUCUUCAAUGGUUACCUGUUGAGCUAAGAGGGAUUCAGCGUAGUUUGUGUUUUAGCAGGAUUGAGUGGUGGACAUCAGAGCCUAGAGCUUGUUAAUGCAGACAGCACUAGGAAACCACUGCCUUUACCUCCAGAUUAGUGAAAGGAACUUUGGCGUGGAACAUCAGCUGGCAUCAGAGUAAGCAGUGGGAGUGUGUGGGGUGGCAGCCAUGAAUGAAUCUCCAGCUCUUAGGAAGAUACUUAAUUAUGAUUAACCACAACAAAUGACCUGUUCUGGGUGGAGCAUUAAUCAUAAGCAACCACAACAAAUGUCUUGGGAAUGUGGAGGGGCAAGGUCUGCCUGAUGGAAAGAUGAAGAACUAUUCUGCCACCAUCGAUCCCCUCCAGCAUCUCCACGGGCACUGAUGCAAUCUUGUUUGGGAUCUUCAGGAUUAGUUAAAGCUGCUGUUGGGGUGGACCCCGAGAUGCCUCUCGCAGUGAACACCUUCCACAGCCCUCAGGCUGUGCCUCUGAGGGGGGAAGCAUUUGCUUUGCUCUAAGUUACUCACCACAAUGCAGAACUGCCUGGAAGUGUGCUUUUCAUCCUGAAGUGUUCAGAAAUAGUGUCUGAAGAGCCUACUCGUUAUCCCCUGGCAAAUUUUAGCAUAUUGAACUGAAUUUUAUAUGUAGUAUAAAUCCAGGUGCCUUUAAACGUUACUUUUAUCACACUUUCUCCAUGAA